AUGACUGCAGUGCGCGGAGUCAUGGAGGGUCGCCACCUUCUCCUGCUGGAGAAUGCGCGGCAGGUGGUGCUGGUGUGCGCCCGCGGCGAGCGCUUUCUGGCCGGGGACGCGCUGCGCAGCCUGGCUGUGCUGGAGGGCGCCAGCCUGGUGGUGGGCAGUGAUGGGCUUAUCAAAGCUAUUGGUCCUGCUGACACUAUCCAAAGACAGUUUUCUGAAGAAACUUUUGAAGAAAGAAUUGACUGCUCUGGGAAAUGUAUACUACCAGGCUUGGUGGAUGCGCACACUCAUCCUGUAUGGGCUGGUGAGAGAGUUCAUGAGUUUGCAAUGAAGUUGGCAGGAGCCACCUACAUGGAUAUUCACCGGGCUGGAGGAGGGAUUCACUUCACCGUGGAGCGCACGCGCCAGGCCUCGGAGGAGGAGCUAUUCGACUCGUUGCAGCAGCGGCUGCAAUGCAUGCUGAGGGCCGGCACCACCUUGGUGGAGUGCAAGAGUGGAUAUGGCCUUACCUUGGAGACAGAGCUCAAGAUGCUGCGGGUGAUCGAGCGUGCCCGGCGCGAGCUGGACAUGGGCAUCUCGGCCACCUACUGUGGGGCUCACUCUGUGCCCAAAGGCAAGACCGCCACAGAAGCUGCUGCUGACAUUGUCAAGAACCACCUCCCCAAACUGAAAGAACUUGGCAGAAAUGGGGAGAUCCAUGUUGACAAUAUCGAUGUGUUCUGUGAGAAGGGUGUCUUUGAUCUGGAGUCCACCAGAAGGAUUCUUCAAAGUGGAAAAGAGCUUGGGUUGCAAAUCAACUUCCAUGGGGAUGAACUUCACCCAAUGAAGGCCGCUGAGCUGGGGGCUGAACUGGGAGCCCAGGCCAUCAGCCACCUGGAGGAAGUGAGCGAUGAAGGCAUCGCUGCCAUGGCAACGGCCAGGUGUUCCGCCAUCCUUCUGCCCACUACAGCCUACAUGCUGAGGUUGAAGCAGCCUCGAGCCAGGAAGAUGUUAGAUGAAGGCGUGAUCGUGGCUCUGGGGAGUGACUUCAACCCAAACGCCUACUGUUUAUCAAUGCCAAUAGUUAUGCACCUGGCCUGUGUAAACAUGAGGAUGUCCAUGCCUGAAGCCUUGGCAGCUGCCACCAUCAAUGCAGCCUUUGCCCUGGGAAAAUCUCACACACAUGGGUCUUUGGAAGUUGGCAAGCAAGGAGAUCUCAUCAUCAUCAAUUCAUCCAGAUGGGAGCAUUUGAUUUACCAGUUUGGAGGUCACCAUGAAUUAAUUGAAUAUGUCAUAAUUAAAGGAAAAGUCAUCUACAAAAAAUGAUAGAUUUGCAAGAAAAAGAUUUUUCCACUGAAUAAAAGAAGCCAAUAAAUAGAAUACAGCAGUAGUUUACCAGAACUGUGUCACUUAAACCUAAAUAUACUCCAGUGUUCUGUUAAUUUACCUGAGAAACUCGGAGUUCAUUCAUUUUAUUAACAUGUGCACCAAGAGUUAUGAACAGAUACAUGUGUUGUGAGGAUAAUCUCAAGGCAUUUAUAGGAACCCAGCAAGACUGGUUGUAGACAGUCUGAAAAUUAA